AUGUACACAGCCCUUCGGCUGAUUACCAAAGGAUGCCGGUUUUCUGGGCCGGAAACGUUGGGGAUGACCGUUAUCGACGAUCCUGUUUCGGCCUGGUACGGGCAUAUUCCGGUUCCUCGGAUGGUAAAGAACCAGGUGAACCAUCUCUUGGAAUUAAAGAUGAUUGAACUCGAUCAAAAGAUUACCGACGCUCUCAACCGUCUUCUCAGUGAUCGACGUCUGUGGAUUGUUGGAACCCUAGCGGUGUUCCUCCUCCUCCACAUCCGAGAGCUCGAUGCUGGGCGGAACAUAUAUUGGGCGCGAUACAAAGACUCUGCUGGCUUCUGGAUACAUCCAUCCCUACCUUCGGCGCUUAUUGACGAAGGAGUCGCGUCCUGUCAUUCGUUGCUCCGGUACUUUCACUGUUCGUUGACCCGCCACCCACUGUGCCAGAACUGGGACGUGGAACGCUCGCAGAGGCUGGUAGGUCAUGAUGAAAUGCUCGUAACGUCCAUGAAGGCACUGCAAUCUUGCGUGUCUGCAAUGAGGCAAGCAGGUUGGAUUGGCCGAAACGCAUCAGAUUUGUAUGAAGAUGGGAAGCCUGACAGCGUGGGACUUACUAUCAGUUCGUUAAUUUUUACAGAAAUGGCGGAUGCGCAGGUGAAAGAUUUCCAUUGA